AAAUUAUAAUACUUCAGUUUCGUACGAAUUUACGAUAAUACAAGAACAAGCAACUUGUGUUUCUAAUACUUGCAUAGAUCAAAUACAUUUGGCAAAAAAUAAAUACUUACGUAGCUCGGAGAUCUUCUUCCUAAAUGGGUUCUCUCAACUUGCCUCACGCUUCAUCAUUCAAGGGAGGAAGUGAAACAAUUCUCCGGAAUGUUCUUGAAAGUAUACUGAAAACGUAUUUGAGGAAGAAUCCGACAUCGAAUACGAUAUGGGAACUAGUUCAGUCGAUGGACAACGAAAAAAUAUGCUACGAUCACUUCACUUUCAGGACAUUUAACGUAGAUGGUUAUGGAAUAGAUUCUUUGUCGAGUUUUUUCAUGGAUUACGGAUACAAAAUUGGAGGCGAACUUGAUUUUCCAAAGAACAAAUCAAAAGUUAAAUGGUUUUCUCCUCCGGAUGUUCACGUCCCUCAUGACGGUCAUGGUCUAACCUACGUCCCUUUGCCACGAAUCGUUAUAGCUGAGGUUCUUCUGGACCAACUAAGCGCUGAAUCACAGGGGAUAAUAAGAAAGUAUUUGAAACCAGAAGGUGGUAAGCAAGCGGUUCUUUCAAGUACUUUGGGGUCCUUAAUAUGGGAGAAGCCUACAUGGACCGACUUCAAGCAACUUGCAAAAGAAAACGAAUUUGCGGCAUGGACGCUUAUUCACGGCUACACAAUGAACCAUCUUGCAUUUUCGGUUCAUCGAUUCAAACAUCAGUUCAGUGACAUUAAGUUCAUCAAACAGUUUCUUGAAGAAAAGGAAUUCAAACUUAACACCGACGGGGGAGUUAUCAAAGUGAGUCAGGAUGGUCUGUUGUUACAAGUCUCGUCGAUUUCGGACAAACUUGCGGUUGAAUUUGCAGAUGGAGUAACUGAAACAAUCCCGGCUUCUUACAUUGAGUUUACUCAACGUCUAGUUCUUCCGCAGUUCAAAGAUGUGCCAUUUGAUGAGGUUAAAGAGUUUCAUAGACGUGAAGCCUUUGAGCUUGGUAACGCCAGCAACAUAAUGGAAAGCACCCGUUUCACAGCAGAUGUGUAAAACCAGGCUUGUCUUUGUUUGGCUCAGUAUGUCAAAUGUGUGUAUGUAUUUGUUUUAUGUAUGUGUGAGUUAGUGAACUGGUGUGAGCGAGUGCAAUAUAUUUUUUUUUUGCAAAAGAAAUUAUUGUUAUCCCUUGAAAAAAAUUUCUUAAGGUGAGUGCAAUAUGUACGUUGCCUUUUCUCUUGUGAAGUGGCAUUUCCUUUUUAUC